AAAUUAAUAAGAACUAUUUGGUUUUCUUCAGUCAAAUCUGUCUCUUUUCCUUCUCCUUUCUCACCCUCCCUUUAUAUCUCCCCCUCCCUUCCUUACACUUUCACUAAGAAAUUGAGGCCCCUCAUCCUUUCCUCUACAUACAUUCUCCAUCUUCAUUAUAACAACCUCUCUCCCUCUCUUAGUCCCUAAGCAAAACCAACCCAUCAAUCCUCAAGUAGAGUUUUGGUGUUUCCGAUCACAACCCACCUUCACAUUCACCCAUUUCACUUGUUUCAAAUACCCUUUGGCUCAAUACUUGCAAAUUUUCAAAUUCUAGUUCAAGGUUCAAGCAUUUCUCUGUUGCAUAUUUCUAAAUGGAGAAGAGGAAGAGUAUGAUGGGUAAUUGGGAGCAAAAGAUUCUAAAAAGUGAGUUAACCCAGGGGAAGGAGCUGGCAGAGAAGCUCCUGAACCAUCUCCACCACUCUUCAUCAUCUCAAGAAGGAGAAUUCUUGAUUUCAAAGCUACUAUCUUCAUAUGAAAAGGCACUCUCUGUGCUCACAAGGGAUGUUGGUUCUGAAGGAGAGUCUAAGCAAAUCCAAGUGUUGGACUCACCUUGUUCAUUUGGGAAUAGUAGUAGCCCAUUGAGUGAGAUCUCUGACCAAGAUUGCAAGAACAAGAAUGUCUUCAAGAAAAGGAAAACAAUGCCCAAGUGGACUGAAGAAGUGAAGGUUUGCUCUGGAACAGGACAAGAUGGCUCUCUUGAUGAUGGCUAUAGUUGGAGAAAAUAUGGCCAAAAGGAUAUCCUUGGUGCUAAUUACCCAAGAGGCUACUAUCGAUGCACACAUAGAAACACAAAAGGUUGUCUAGCCACAAAGCAAGUUCAAAAAUCAGAUGCAGACCCAACAAUCUUUAUGGUAACUUAUACAGGAGUACAUACUUGUCACCUAGUCGUUCAGUUAAACGGAAAGCAGAAUGUUUCUCUUAAACAAGAAGCAGGAACACCGAGACAGACACCAGAAAAAUCGUUCAGUUUCGGGCUUAGAGUUAAAACUGAGAAUUUGGACACUAGGGAGGGGGGAAAGGAGAUAUUUCCAUCAUUUUCCUUCUCUCCCACGCCAAUAGAGUCUGAAAACAAUGUGGUGGAAGACCAUGUUUUCGCUGCAAUUGAGAACGAUUUCCUGGGUGGUAGCUACGGUCAAACAUUCAGGACUCCGGCAACAUUCGAAUCAGACUACUUUGCGGCAGUGUCACCAUGCCACUUUGGACUAGUAGGCAAUGAUGUGCAAACUUCAGAUUCUGAUCUCACUCAUGAGAUACUAUCGGCCUCAACUUCUGUGGCCAACUCACCAAUUGGGGAUUUCGAUUUCUCACUAGAGGAUUUGGAUUUUUACUCAUUUGAAAACAACCCAGAAUCUACUUUUCCCUAGCAUCAAUGCCUCUCACCCUUAAAAGAGAGCGAGAGAGAGAGAGAGAAAAAAAAAUUAGGAAGGAAAUGUUUAACAAAGUGAGCUUUCCACCGCCUAGCUAGGUAGUUAAAAUCUUAGAAGUAAUGUGUAAGAUGUACUAUUUCUAAGUGUGUCUUUAACUUUUCUUUACUUCCAAGUCUCAUUAAUUUAGAAAUUCUUUGGUACAAGAGGAUAUGUAGUGUUGCUUGUAAGAAAUAAAGUUGUCUUCUUGCGCUA